CGGUUAAAGCUACAAGGCAAGAGCUUUCAAUACAUACACAUACACAGAACGCGUAUUGAAACCGUUAGCUAAAGCGUUUCCACUGCCAGUCGCUCUCGACACACGCUGCACUGAGGGUGGAAAAUUCGUUGGACUGUUUACGGUGGCGGACAAUUGGUAAACUAAGUACUGAUUUUUUGGCGCUGAGAAAAAUCAACAACAAUAAACAACGCACUUAAGCUGUUUCGCGAUUAGCUCUUCAAAAGGUCCCACACAACAGCAACGUCUAUAUCUAAUAUAUAUCACAAUGUUAUUUAUGUGUCAUCAAAUGGCCAUGAAGAAGGAGGCCCAAGACAAGCUAAAAGCGGAGGAGCUGCGUAAGGCGCAAGCCGCUACUGAAGUACCCAUUAUUUGGAUUCUGGGCGGACCUGGCUGCGGCAAAGGCACGCAAUGUGCCAAGAUUGUGGAGAAAUAUGGUUUCACCCAUCUCAGCAGUGGCGAUUUAUUGCGCAAUGAGGUAGCCUCUGGUUCUGAUAAGGGCCGUGAACUGCAAGCUAUAAUGUCAUCCGGCCAAUUGGUGCCCAACGAGCACGUACUCUCCCUGCUCAACGAUGCUAUUGCACGCGAAAAGGGCAGCUCAAAGGGUUUCCUUAUCGAUGGAUAUCCCCGUGAGAAGAACCAGGGAAUUGCGUUUGAACAGCGCAUAGCACCCGCUGAUUUGGCGCUCUAUUUCGAGUGCUCUGAGGAUACGAUGUUGAAGCGGAUCAUGGCACGUGCCAAUGCUGCGGCUGUGAAACGUGCCGAUGACAAUGAGGAAACCAUUCGGGCCCGCUUGCAAACCUUUAAUUAUAACACCACCGCUAUUCUGGAUCAAUAUGUGAACAUAACCGUAAAGAUCAAUGCGGAGCGUGAUGUUGACGAUAUUUUCUUGGAGGUGGUACAGGCCAUCGACUGCAUAUUGCAGAAGAAAGCCAAGGCGGCGGCUCAGUGCUAAAACAGACCAAAGAUGCAACUUAUAUUAAGCCAAAGCAACCAAAGCACAGCAACAAGAUCACUUUUCUUUUAGAGCAUUGUAAUUUGCACACAUGUUGCACAAAAAGAUCUAAACACCAAAUACUA